GCAAAAUUAAAACAAAGUUCUUUCAUCCAACAGGAAUCAGACUAUCCCCUGCUGAAGCCUUGUUUUAGGGCUUCGACUCGAACGACGCCGUAGCUCUUUCCUUGCCGGCAACAACAGAUGAGGUCUAGCUUAAAUUUUGUUCAGGAUUUUUCGCAAAUCAAACCUACCCAAUGGUAAUAUGGCCAAACAAUGUAGAACAUGUGUUGAUUGAGCUGGAUGAAUAUCACUCAAGCUUGAGCCGCGUUUCUACUCAACCUAAGACAGCUGCAAUUAGUAAUAAUGAUGGAAUUCUAUGCGACCAACCCUGGACCAAUUGAUAAUUGUAUAUUGUAUGAUCAAGAUAAGCAUGUUUCUGCUGCUGUUUGGGAGGGGCAGGAGCGUGGUGCACUUAGAUGCCAUGAACACACUUCAAAGCUUGAUAGGUGGACGCUCACAGAAAAACAGAUUGAGUUAGUAAAGAAAGCCGGAUUUGGCUACUUAAGAUUAUUACCGGCAAUUAGUUUGGAUAACCCACUCAUAUCUGCACUAGUUGAGAGGUGGAGGAGAGAAACAAACACUUUUCAUUUGACUGUUGGAGAAAUGACAGUAACUCUUGAAGAUGUUGCAUAUUUGCUUGGGCUACCAAUCGACGGUGAACCUGUUAUUGGGGUAACAUAUACCACGUGUGAUGCAGUAUGCGUGAAGUUCUUAGGGAAAGCACCAGAUUUGGGGUACAGAAGUGGUGGGAUGGUGAAGCUUAGCUGGUUAAAAGAUACCUUCUCUAAGUGUCCCGAAGAUGCUUCCAUAGAAGACAUUGAGCGCCAUACACGCGCCUACCUUCUUUACCUUGUCGGUAGUACAGUUUUUUCCACUACCACUGGUAAUAAAGUCCCCGUCAUGUACCUUCCAUUGUUUGAAAAUUUUGACCAAACUGGGAAAUAUGCGUGGGGUGCAGCGGCAUUGUCAUUUUUAUAUAGAGCGCUUGGUAAUGCCUCCCUUAAAUCUCAGAGCACCAUUAGUGGCUGUUUAACCUUAUUGCAGUGCUGGAGUUACUAUCACCUGAAUGUUGGGCGGCCAAAGCUUAGUCACGACCCAAUCCAUGAAUGUUUUCCAUUUGUUCUUAGAUGGAAAGGAAAACAAACUGGUCCAACAUCAAACCGUGAUGUGGCAUUCUAUCGUAAAUCAUUGGACUCCCUUAGUCCGACCGAUGUGGAGUGGCGUCCUUAUGCAAAUGUUAGUCAUACAGUUAUACCAGAGGAUAUCAAAAACAGUCUGAUUCUUGGGAGAUCGAAGACAAUGUUAAUAUGUUUUGACAAGGCGGAAAGACACCUUCCUGAUCGUUGCUUAAGGCAAUAUGGCAUGCAACAACUUAUUCCACAAGAUGUGCAGAGCUGGGAGAGGAAGAGUCGUGGAGUUGAUGGUGGAGUAGACUUGGCAGGGAAAAUGGAAUCAGAGCUUAAUGAAUGGUCAGACCGACGUCUCCAUAUCGUGGAGGUUGAUGAAGACGUGGAGGAAAGCGAAUACAUGGAGUGGUACUCGAAUAUUACCCGCAAAUUGGUAGGAAGGCCUAUACCUAUCUCAUCCGAGUUUCAGAGAAUGAGUGCUGCAUUGAGGGACAUUGCACAUGUAGCAGAUACACUUUCAACUCAAGGGAUGGAUGACCAACAGCUACAUUCAGUGACAAGAAUAAGGUAUAUUGCACAUGACUGCUUAAGGGACCAGGUUGGAAGUUCGACAAUAGUGGUAGCCAACUCAACAAAUGAAGUUGGGAAAAGAGUGAGGGGGAAGGAGCGGGUAAGAAGGAAGGGCAUGGGGAAACGUAAGCGGAAGGAUGAUUUAAUGCAAUUUUAUUCACCAGUUGUGGAUGUUCAGUCCCAAUUAUGUGCUGCAGCUAUUGAGGUUGACCAGCCACAGCUAUAUGAGGUGGUUAGUGAGGUUGAUCAUCCGCAGCUAUGCCUUCCAGCCAGCGAGGGUGAUGAUGCACAAUUCUGUGAUGUGGCUAAGAAGGUCAAUGAUGUGCCGCUUUGUGAUGCAGCCAAUGACAUCGAUGACUCACACUUCCGAUGUGCAGCAGCCAAAAUUGAUGAAGAUCAACUUUCUCAUGGAGCAAGCGAGAGUGCUUCACGCCCAUCUCAUGCUUCUAAUGAGGUUCUUCCACAAUCAUCUCUGGAAACGAGUGAGGAUGUUGCACUGCAGAAGGAUUAUAGCGUUCUAGCUUAGACAACGUUGAGGACAUGACCAUCUGAUUUUGUAAGAGUUUAUUCUUUAAGGUUUACUACUAGAGGUGUGUGCCUAGUUACAUAUUCAAUCACUUUGGUAAUAUAUAUUUGUGUUUGUGCAGACUUGCAUUGCCUUAUAGAGAACUUUGAUACAAAGUUUCCAUGGUCAAUUGUCAUUAAUGCAGGUGGUCACCGACUAACAUCAGCAAUGACUGCUACAAGUUGCUGAUAUGUUCUGGGGGGGUUAGACAAUCUGAGCUCUUCUCAUGUGACAUUGACUCUAAUUUCUUAGCUAUUUAAUAAUAUUUUACUUUGA